CAAAUUCGUGCGACACCCGCUUAUUAUCGUGAUGCGUUGUUGUUGUUGGUGUCUUUAGCCUCAUUGCAUUAAGUCAUAGUUAUGAGAGAAGACAUGUGAUGUCGGGGAACGAAUUAAUCUUCUAGGAUUAUAGAUAUUUGCUAAUUAAUAUUCGAUAAGUAAUGGCGAUUCGUUUGCGAUAGUUCCACCCCCGUCUUCCCCUACCCACGCCGACUCUUGUGUUAUGGCUAGUCAAGCCAGCGUAGCAAGCAGCCAACCCGAUCCACGACAGUUGAGACUUAUUGCCGCUGCAGCUCAAGCCAACGAAGCCAGGCUCCGCGAUAUCUUGGCCGAAGACCCUCCUUGGACAUCUAGUAACGAUCAAGACGCGCUUCGCCAAUCCCUUCAGAAAGCUGCAGCUCGCGGCAAGCUCUCCAUCAUCCAGCUUUUACUCGACCACGGCGCCGAGGUAAACCCUAAACGAGAGAAUGAGGUUCCUGCCCUGGUGAAAGCUGCCGAAGGAGGACAUGCGGAUAUAGUGGCUGAGUUGCUGAAGCACAAUGCCGACCCAAAUGGGCGUAAUCGCAAUGCGCAGACCGCUCUAUUUAGCGCCUGCUUGAAGGGGUUCAACAAGGUAGUCGAGACUCUAUUAGAAGGGCGUGCGAAUGUCGAAGCACAAGACAAGGAAGGGCGAAGUCCCUUAUUAUUCCUAGCUUCGGAAAAGCCAGGGAAGGAAAAAUGGACAAUUGACACCUUGAAGCUACUCCUGAAUAAUGGGGCGAACCUCGAGGUGAAGGAUCAGAUUGGUCGAACGCCGCUAUUGUGGGCUGCAACUAAUAGCAAUGUUGAACUUGCUCAUAUCUUGUUGGAAAUGGGCGCCGACAUCGCGGCUACGAACAACCGUGGGCGAACUGCCUUACAUCUUGCUGCCGAAAGCCACCACAAGGAGCAGCACCAGGAUAUGGUUAAGCUACUCCUUAAUUAUGGAGCUACUCCUCGUGCUGUUAGUGACGGCGGUUGGACGCCCCUCCAUAACGCUGCGCAGAGCGGGUAUGCACCUGUUGUUACCUUGCUCUUAGAAGCUAAUGCCGAUAUAAACGCUGAGCUCUCCAAUGGGAUGACGCCUUUGCACUGGGCUGCUUUUAACGGCUUUGAGGAGAUUGUGCGGCUGUUAUUAACUCGGCCGGAUGUCGACAUAUCUAUUAAGGAUAGCUUCAACCGGACAGCCAUGCUCUGUGCCGCUGAGAAGAACCACCCCGAGAUUGUUCAGCUGCUCUCGCCUGCGCGAGCUGCCGACCGCCUAUCUCCUAUCGCGCGUCGGGCAUGCCAAGCUUUCGAGGCCACUGUCGUAGACUUUGGCCAAUUCGAAAAGAAACAACUCGUAUCUAAAUAUUCCGUAUUUGAUCUCUUAUACGGAUGGGAUUCCGAGAACGACAAACCGAAGAUUCCUACGUUGACCAAGAAUAUCAAGUAUAAGCCAGAUUUUAGAUGGAUCCAUCUUCCUGCGAAUAAUAUUGAUUGGGUUGAGACACUUCUUGCCAAGUCCUUCAUCGAGGCAGGACAUCGGGAUAUUGAAGCGUUUAAAGCGCUGGAGAAAUGCUUCGACCAAGAGCAUCGCGGGGAACUUCCACACGCCCACUUUAUGAGGACGAACUCGCAUCGUAUUACCGCGCAUCGUGCUGGUUUCCAAGAUAGAAGGGAGGAUAAGUCAACCCUUGCCCCCUUAUCCGAGGAACCGUCGGAGGUUAGUACGAGGUCGAGUCAGAGCGGCGGAGACUCAAGCCCUAAGCAAAAUGACUAUUUUGAGGACGACGCGCCUUCUAAAAAGAAAAGCAAGUCUGAGCAGAUCAUGGAGCGGCAUCCUAAGAAGCAUAAGCGGGCUAAAGGAGCCCCGGGUAAUCCAUCACAUCGACAAGAUAGCACCACGAGUAACUUGAGUAACAAGUCCCAGGUUCCACUCACCUGGGGCACACCAGGUUUUGCCCCCUCGAACGGGAAGAUCGUCUUAUUCAUGCCAUUCCUACAUUACGAGACAGAUGAGCGGCGGCAGAAAAUGAGCAAUGCUAUCAAAAAUGCCCAUGAAAGGCGACGGCUCGUCGACACCUCCCGAGAUUCACUCAUCAUAAACGCGUAUCUACACAACAACCCGCCUCUCCACCCGCGGCGAACCCUCGACCAGUUCUUUUACCACGGCAUCGACACGUCAGCGAGAGACACGGAUCAAGUAGUUUAUCGGUAUUGUAAAAGGUACUUGUUAGAGCCAAAGGUAUUCAUGGUUGACCAGCUGUGGCUCUGGGUUAUCGGAAAGGAUCUUAUCAUUACGUGCUUUCCUCAACGCUGGGAUCAACCUAAGCAAGAUCCUUUAAAUGUUUUGGAUGGGAUUAUAGAGGAAACGAAUGCUAAGACUCGACCGCCAAUUGGAUCUGUGUAUGAUUUGGCAAUGCUUAUAACUAGUCGUUGUUCCGGAACAUUUGACCGGCACCGGCUCGACGAUCAGGACUUUCAGUUUUUGGACAUGUUUGAGAACUCUAUCGGUGUCGUCACGGAUCGGGAAAGCCAGCUGUUUAGUCGCUUUAAUCGGGCUUCGGCACAAUCGGCACGGUGGCUUCAAUACCAUCGACGUCAGCGUAGCAUUGGCCGACCGGCUCGUCUGUCUUCGUUCGGGACGCCGGAUCCGUACGAAGGGAACAGUGCAGACCAGUUCCCGGACGCGCUGCUCGAUAUCGGCGUCGAGACAUCGCUGUUGGCUGAAAUCAAGGACAUCCGCGACGAGCUGAGCAUCAUCGCCGUGAUCCUGGACUCGCAGGUAGCCGCGCUCGCCGACUUCGAGGACCAGGUAACGGAGGAGUUGCGCUCCGAGGGUCCUAACCGCCGCGCCACCGACACCGCCGUCGCUGAGAUCCGCAAGCGCAGCCGGGAACAGCUGCGGGGCCUCGAGGUACGGCAGAAAGAUAUCUGGCGUAUGGACCAGCAGGCCGCCUCGCUCUACGACAACCUUACCGACCUGCUUGACCUCAAGCAGAAGCACUCGAACGCGCUCGAGGCCAGGUUUGCGGGUGAUCAGGCGGUCAUCGCGGCGAAGCAGGGGCAGACUAUUAUGGUAUUUACGAUCGUCACCAUCAUCUUCCUGCCCAUGAGUUUCAUCGCCGGAUUCUUCGCCAUCAACCUCCAAGAGUGGCAAGAAGGCACCCUGCUGACAAUCCCGUACGUGAGUAAGUACAUGUUUGGGAUCGGCCUAGGCGUCAGCGUGCCGCUAAUUGCCAUGGCGUUCACGGUCACGGAUAUCACGGACGCGGCGAGGGAUAUCUUCGGCGCGGGAAAGAAGUGGCUAGGCAAGAAGAAGAGGCGGCUUUCAAUAGGAGAGGAGAAAUGCGAUGAGGACGUGGUCCCGGAACAGGAGAUAUAUGUCCCGCCGAUAAGUUCGAUAUCGCUAUCGCACCGCGAGCGUGGUGGACUGGGUAGAGAAAUACAGACGGAUGGACUGUCUGCAAGGACGAGGCCGAGACAUAGUCGCGAGCGUAGCGAUGACUACGGAUACUACGCUGCAGCGAGAUUGUCGCCCGUAUCGGGACGGUACGGAUCCGGCGCUCCGCGAAAGGUUAGCUUCGGCGACGCGGAUGGAAACGGUCAUGCGACGGGGGCUCCGUGGGCACGGCCUAGUCUUGAUCGUAGCCGUGGAAGGAGGUUGAGUGAGGACUUGGAGAAGGGGCGGUACGCGUAUGGAUGAAUGAUGAGAUGGGAUGUGAAGUUUAAAUAUGAGCACAAGUAUGCCGCUUAUAUAGUAUGUUUACGAAUGAGUGGCAAAGUGGGUUAAGUUGGGAAAAUUAUAUGAUAUCUUAUACCCUAGUAAAAUUCCGGCUCAUGGAUAAAAUUAUAAUAUAUUGGUUAGAUUUGGAGGAUGAUGAUCAUCUGUAUACUAGCCAACUGCGUACUUCGUGGAUACGGUGAGUAUCAUUAUGAAUUGUAGUUAUAAGGCCGUGUAGCCAAACUUUAUACUAAUCAUACGCUCAAUUUGGGUCUAC